GCUGAAAUAGUUAAACUAGAAGCAGACUACGUCGCAGAGGUGGCUGAGGUGUAAAAAGUGGCCUGUCUCUUAAACGUCAAUAGCAAAAUGUUAUUUAGUCCAUCGGGUAUAUCUGAAUGUGUUCAGGAGUGGAACGAUCUUGAAAAGGACUAUCAACAUGUCCAGGAGACUCACCGUUUGUAUAAACAGAAGCUGGAGGAGGUGUCAAAACUACAACAAAGCUGCUCAACUGCUAUUACACGGCAAAGGAAGAAAUUAAAGGAGCUGACUGUGUCACUAGAAGAAUGCAAGGAGAAACUGACUCCAGAAGAAAUGAAUGUGAUAGAUGGGAUCCAGGAAUCUAUCAGGGAUAGGCCAAAUGUUUUCUUUGAGAUGGAGUCUUUCCUGCCAAAGAAGAAUGGACUAUACCUCAGUCUGGUUUUAGGAAAUGUGAAUGUAACGCUACUCAACAAACAAUCCAAAUUUGCCUACAAAGAUGAAUAUGAGAAAUUUAAAUUGAUCCUGACAGUAAUCCUCUUCGUCUUCUCCUUCACGUGUCGCUUUGUGGUCAGCUACAGAGCCCUAGAUGCGCUCUUCAACUUCCUGUUGGUAUGGUAUUACUGUACUCUAACCAUCAGGGAAAGCAUCCUCAUCAGUAAUGGCUCCAGAAUCCAGGGCUGGUGGGUGUUUCAUCACUAUGUAUCUACUUUUCUCUCUGGGGUCAUGCUGACGUGGCCUGAAGGGAAACUGUACCAGAUGUUUAGAAGUCAGUUCCUCACCUACUGCUUGUACCAAAUAGGAUUUGUGCAGUUCCUCCAAUACUAUUACCAGAGUGGCUGUCUGUACAGACUUCGAGCUCUAGGAGAACGACACAACAUGGACUUGACAGUUGAGGGUUUCCAGUCUUGGAUGUGGCGAGGCCUGACCUUCCUCCUUCCCUUCCUGUUCUUCGGUCAUUUCUGGCAGCUCUAUAAUGGAGUCACACUCUUCCGAAUGGCUCAGCUCCCAGAGUGUAAAGAGUGGCAGGUUGUUAUGUGUGGUUGCUCCUACCUGGCACUGUUUAUGGGGAACUUCUUCACCACGCUCGGAGUGGUUUACAAGAAGUACAUGAACAACCAGGACAAAUCCAAAAGCCUCUAAGACUGGAACAGUAACCGACGACGAGACAUUGAUACAAUGAAUAGAGAUGACGUGUGCAAUUUGUGUUUUACUGUAGGCUACUAAUUAGCUAUUUAUUUGUUUAUUUUACUAGUUCUUCGUUCUCUGUUUACAUUACCCCUGGCAUAUUUAAAUGCUUAUUUUGUUGUGUUCACUAUUCUGUUAUCUGUUACAUUAAAGAGGCUUGUCUAAAGUGUUUGGUACACCCUGAGGAUGUUUGAAUAUAUGGAACAGGAAAAACGUAUAGGCCAUGGAGUGUACUGACAAUCACUUAGAUGUUAUAAAUACAGAAAUGUGAACAUUUGGGGUCGUUUUAUGACUUUGAAAUAAAAGCAUCUUUGAAAUC